AUGGAGGAAGGUGUCGUGAUAUUAGUUUUCCUGUUUGGCUUGCAAAUUGCUUCUGGAAAACCGCCGCACAUAGUGUUCAUUCUGGCCGAUGAUUAUGGCUUUAAUGAUAUCGGUUACCACAAUCCACGCAUAAAAACUCCCUUUCUCGACAGUUUGGCAGCCAAUGGAGUGCGCUUGGAGAACUAUUACGUGCAACCAAUUUGUACGCCAACUCGAAGUCAGCUCUUUUCCGGCAGGUAUCAAAUUCACACUGGCCUACAACACGGAAUAAUCUGGCCUUCUCAGGCGAAUGCAUUGCCUAAAAAUGACACUACGAUCGCGAGUAAGCUGAAAGAGAGUGGCUACAGUACACACAUGAUCGGAAAAUGGCAUAUUGGAUUCUACAAGAGAGAGUUCAUUCCAACUCAGAGAGGUUUCGAUUCUUUUUUCGGUUACUUGACAGGUGGAGAAGAUUACUAUACUCAUAAGAAUGGCCUUGGAUAUCCAUCAAAAGGAUACGGUGGUCUGAACGGGUACGACAUGCGGAGAAAUGAAGAAGUUGCUGCUGAUGUCGCUGGGAACUAUUCAACAUUCUUGUUCACAAAUGAAGCAGUUGAGAUAAUUUCUUCUCACGAUCCAGAAACACCUUUGUUCCUUUUCGUCGCAUAUCAAGCUGUUCACUCACCCUUACAGGUACCUGAACAGUACACAGAGAUAUACAAAGAUAUAAAAAACCCUGCUCGCCGCACUUAUGCAGGCAUGGUUACCUGUAUGGAUGAAGGGAUUGGCAACAUAACAGUGGCCCUACAGAAACAUGGCUUGUGGGAUGACACCGUCCUUUUCUUCAGUACAGACAAUGGUGGACAGAUAUAUGCAGCCGGUAACAACUAUCCUCUGCGAGGAUGGAAAGGGUCGCUAUGGGAGGGCGGGAUGAGGGGUAUAGGUCUUGUGCACAGCAAACUGUUAGCAAAACCUGGACAGAUAAAUUCAGAACUGAUCCAUGUCACUGACUGGUUUCCAACAAUUGUCCAUCUAUCAGGAGGUUCUGUUGAGGAUCUACCUCUUGACGGUUACAAUGUGUGGGAAACAUUGAGUAAUAGAGAACCUUCACCGAGGAAGGAAAUCUUGCACAAUAUCGACCCCAUUGAUGCUUACUGGGACUCUCACUUUGAGCCAUAUAAACACUGUCGACAAGCUGCCAUACGAGUUGGUGAUUGGAAGCUUUUAACAGGAUGUCCAGGGAAUGGAAGUUGGCUUCCACCACCAGAGAGUUCUUAUCCCAUCGAGUAUGCACCAAAUUAUUUUGAUAACAUAAACAGUACCUUUCUUUUCAAUAUAAGAGAGGAUCCAGAAGAAAGAAAUGAACUGUCAAAGGUAUAUCCAGAGAUGGUGAAUAAUUUGAUGCGCAGGCUUAAGGAAUACAACGCCACAGCUGUACCAGUGCGUUACCCAAAACCAGAUCCGGCAUCAUUACCAGAGUUGCAUGGUAAUGUAUGGGCUCCCUGGGAGCUGUAA